AUGUCUAACCUUCAAACCAUUAUUGACGCUUUACCGCAGGUGUGGGAUUGGAGCGUCAGUCACGGCAUGACGUUGGUGACAACUUCAUCGUAUGGGGAGCUGUUUCUAAUUGGAGCUCUUGCUGUGACUUGGGCUUUCAUUCUGUACUGGUUCUUCUUUGUGUUUUUGCGGGGACUCAUCGUGGACAGGUAUCUGCGACACAUUCCGGAGGUGCCGGGGAGGGUCCCAGUGUUUGGUCACGCGCUUCUUCUUAUGGGGGGAUCACCGUGGAAAAAAAUGGCAGACUGGAGCCUCAACUCAUAUUCCAGCACGAAUGAUGACAAGAAGAAGGAUGCAGCACCUGUAAAUCGUCUUGUCAGAUUUAGCGUCUUUCAUCAGCGUGUUGUGUACAUCAAUGAUCCCGUAUUGCUUAAACGCGUCCUCUUAACAAACCAGCGGAACUACAUGAAGGAUAUUGCUGUUUCAUACAAGCAUUUUAUUUGCCUACUUGGAAAGGGGCUUGUGACAUCGGAGGGAGAGAAGUGGAAGAAAGGCCGCCUGCUACUUUCCCAUGCCAUGCGCAUAGAUAUCUUAGAGGAGGUUCCACAGCUGGCAAUGAGGGCUGCUGGGAGAAUCAUGGACAAGCUUGCUGCGCUCGACGCGAAAACUUCAUUUUUGGACUUGAAUGAAGAAUUUCGUCACAUGACAUUGCAGGUGAUUGGAGAAACAGCACUUUCCUUGGAGCCUGAAGAAAUUGACCGCAUUUUCCCAGCUCUCUACCUCCCUAUUGUCCACGAAUGCAACCGACGUGUGUGGGAGCCCUGGCGCACUUUAAUGCCCUUCUUGGAGGGCUAUCAAGAACGCCGUCGCUGUUUGAGGGAGUUGAAUGCCGUGCUUGGCGACAUCAUUCAGAAGCGCUGGGACGAUCGCCACAAGCCGCAUAAGCGCGACAUCAUGGCGCUUUGCAUCUCUCAAAUUAAAAAUAUGGAUGCUGCGAUGGUGUUGCAGCUGCGUGAUGAUGUAAAGACCAUUUUAUUGGCUGGCCACGAAACUUCAGCUGCGCUAUUGACUUGGGCAACGUAUGAGGUGAUGUGCUUCCCUGAAGUGCGCGAUAAAAUUGUGGAGGAAGCGCGGCGGUUGUUUGAUCCGGCACGCUGCGAGAAGAGCAUUGUGACACCGCAGGGAAAGACGUGGGGCGUUCCUACCGCAUCUGACGUGCGUAGUAUGCUGCGAUGGUCUCCGGCUGCUCUUCGUGAAACACUGCGAAAACACACUGUCGUUCCCUUGGUCAUGCGCCGUGCCGUGAAGAACGACGUAUGGCCUGCCGCCAUGACUGGACUGGACAAGGAUGUUACCAUUCCCGCAGGUUGCACGGUGGCGGUGGGGAUCCAGGCGGUACACUAUCGCCCUGACAUCUGGCCGGAUCCUCAAGCAUUUAAACCAGAACGUUUUCUUGAUAUGGGUUUUGAAACUGGCACCGGUGUUCAGAGUAAUGACGUAAAUCAGACCCCUAUUGACCCAUAUGCGUUUAUCCCCUUUAUUAAUGGUCCGCGCAACUGCCUUGGGCAGCAUCUUGCGAUCAUGGAGACGGCGGUGGUAUUGGCGUAUUUAUUUCUGAACUGGGAUCUGCGCUUAUACAGCGGUGACGUUGGCGCGGGUGAUGUGGAAAAGCGCGCAUUACAGGACAAGGUUGGCCGCCCACAUGAGUUUAUGGUUCCCAUCGUGCCUCAUGAUGGCCUCCGUGUGGUGGGGACGCUCUGCAAGAUGUAG